UACUUGUAUGCUGUCAGAAGUUCUGAUGCCCCUGGUGUUGGUCUGGGCAGAAGGUGAUUUCAACUGCAGACUGGGACGUCAGCUCCCAUGCCCCACAGGGGCUCGAAGAAGCUCACAAGGUCACCUUGACGAAUACCUGUGCGCAGGCUCCAACCCGGACCGAGUUAUUUUAUAGUUGGGGUCACUGCCUUUCUGACCCCUCCAGCUCCACCCAAUUCCGGGCUCAGCCAGCCACAGCCAGCCCCUCUUCCUCACACGACCAUGGGUUCUGUCCACCAUAGAAACGACCUGCAUCUUGAAAACGCGUUCCUUUCUGUGCCUGUACUUUUCUGCCAUCGCUCAGAAACCCUCUGCUCCACUCCUAAGCUGUUCGCAGCGGCGUCCAGCCCUGGCGUUUACAGAAGGAGCGCAAGCCUGGAGUCCGAAGGCUCUCCUUUCAAACCCAGCUCCGCCUCUGACUGCCUGGGUGACCUCAGACGGGUUUCUUCACUUCCUCUGUGGGCUGAGGGAAACAAUUUUUCCGCUCACGGGGUUCCCUGGAUGCCUGAGAUCACGAACGCCGACUACGGAGACCAGCGUCUGGCCCAUUGGAGGUGCCCAAGUGCUAGGGGCGGGGGUCGUCUGUUAGCCUGAUCCUACCGUGAAACACUGCCUCCGGGGGUUGGGAGGGGACUCGAGGUCAAAGAAUCCGAAUAAUUCGCAGAAUUGAGAGAGCCUCUCGCCUACCCCGUGAUCUCCCCGCGUCCAGCCCCAAGCGAGUACAGGGGCAGCCCGGCGCCGGCGCGCGGCAGCAGCCGGGGCGGCGGAGGCAGGCUCGGGGCUGGACUGACGGCUCCGCGGGAAGGCGGAGCAGAGAGCGAGCGGCGGAGGAGGGGAGGGCAGCCGGGAGGAGGGCGCAGGGGCGGGAGGAGACACAUGCGCGCUGCCCGCCGCCGCCGCCGCCGCCGCCGCAGUCCUUAGCUUCCCGGGGACAGGAAACCUUCGAGACCGCGCUGCCACGGCCGCCUCCGCCUCUCGGCUCCCGGUUCCGCGCGCCUGCCACACCCUCCGCCCCUCCUCCGGCAUCUCUCGGCGGAGCGCCGCGGGGACUCGGCCCCGGGCUGUCGUCUCCCGUUCCGGGGGUGGGGGGGGAAGGUGUGACCUCCCCCCGCAGGAGCGGCGCGGCGGGGCGGGGGGGCCCGGGAGAAGAUGGCGACGCCGGGAAGCGAACCCCAACCUUUCGUGCCUGCCCUGUCGGUGGCUACGCUGCACCCCCAUCAUCAUCCCCACCACCACCACCACGGAGGAACCGGAGCUAGCGGCGGGGCCGCGGGAGGCGGCGGCGGCGGCGGGGGCUUCAACCUGCCCUUGAACCGGGGGCUGGAGCGCGCGCUGGAGGAAGCGGCCAACUCCGGGGGCUUGAACCUCAGUGCCAGGAAACUGAAGGAAUUUCCCAGGACCGCGGCCCCCGCCCAUGACCUCUCGGACACGGUGCAGGCAGAUUUAUCUAAAAACAGACUGGUUGAAGUUCCAAUGGAAUUGUGCCAUUUUGUAUCACUGGAAAUUCUUAAUCUGUACCAUAAUUGUAUCAGAGUCAUUCCGGAGGCCAUCAUUAACCUACAGAUGCUGACUUACUUAAAUUUAAGUCGGAAUCAGCUGUCUGCUCUGCCGGCCUGCCUGUGUGGUCUCCCUCUCAAAGUCUUAAUCGCAAGUAACAACAAACUUGGAUCGCUGCCUGAAGAGAUAGGUCAGCUCAAACAGUUAAUGGAGUUGGACGUCAGCUGCAACGAGAUCACAGCCCUGCCUCAGCAGAUAGGGCAAUUGAAAUCCCUACGAGAACUGAAUGUCAGAAGAAAUUACCUUAAAGUUUUACCACAAGAACUAGUAGAUCUUCCCUUGGUAAAGUUUGACUUUUCCUGCAAUAAAGUGCUCGUGAUUCCCAUUUGUUUUAGAGAGAUGAAACAGCUGCAAGUAUUACUGCUUGAGAAUAACCCUUUGCAGUCUCCUCCAGCACAGAUUUGCACCAAGGGCAAAGUGCACAUAUUCAAGUAUCUGAGCAUCCAAGCAUGCCAGAUUAAGACAACAGACUCCCUUUAUCUCCACACCAUGGAAAGGCCACAUUUACACCAGCACGUGGAAGACGGCAAGAAGGAUUCUGAUUCAGGCGUUGGGAGUGAUAACGGAGACAAGCGAUUGUCUGCCACAGAGCCUUCUGAUGAAGACACGGUUAGCCUCAAUGUGCCAAUGUCAAACAUCAUGGAAGAAGAACAAACCAAGGAGGACUCCUGCCAUCGCCUUAGCCCAGUUCAAGGGGAAUUUCAUCAGGAAUUUCAACCAGCGCCUUCACUUGUGAGUGACAGUGACAACUCAGGAGAAGACAGAGGCCAGUUUUCCCAUGGAACAGAUGUGCUCCAUUCGGAAUUUAUAAACUACAUGAAGGAACGGACCGAGGCCUGUGAAGAACUGUUACGGAUAGAAGAGGAUGCGCACUGGCCAUCCGAGGGGACAAUCAGUGCAUCCAAAGACCAGGACAUCGAUAUAGCAAUGAUUGAACAGCUGAGAGAAGCAGUGGAUUUGCUGCAAGAUCCUGAUAGAUUAAGCACAGAUAUUACAGAGAGAAGCAUUGUAAACUUUUACCCUGUGGACCCAGCAGAUGACUUGGAAUUGCAAGACUCAGCACUGAAUGGUCAAAUACAGUUGGAGAGGUCUCCAGAAUGUGAGGUGCAAAAUGACCCAACAUUACAGAGUAAUGGGAGCGAGUAUUCUCCCAAUGAGAUGAGAGAGAACUCCCCCGCCAUCUCUCCGACCAACACCAGCACAGCUCUGUUUGGCCUGAAACCUCGAUCAGACCCAGCCCUCACUCUUCCUCCUAUCUCCUUCAACAAACUUACACAGGCACAAACAUGGGACAACUCUAGCUACUGUGUUCCAUCUGAAGGAGACGGUGACAAUGUGUUUCUAAGACCACAGAGAAAUUUGGAAUCUAUAGACCCACAGUUUACGAUUCGGAGGAAAAUGGAACAGAUGAGAGAAGAGAAAGAGCUGGUGGAACAGCUCCGAGAGAGCAUCGAGAUGAGACUCAAGGUCAGCCUGCACGAAGACCUGGGGGCCGCCCUCAUGGAUGGCGUUGUCCUCUGCCAUUUGGUCAACCACAUCCGCCCACGAUCCGUCGCAAGCAUCCAUGUCCCCUCACCGGCAGUCCCUAAACUUAGCAUGGCCAAAUGCAGAAGAAACGUGGAGAACUUUUUGGAAGCAUGCCGAAAAUUAGGAGUACCAGAGGAAAAACUGUGUCUACCCCAUCACAUCCUUGAAGAGAAAGGCCUGGUCAAAGUGGGCAUUACUGUUCAAGCAUUGCUAGACGUAACUGUAACGAAGGCUCUGUUCACAUGAGAACAACUCUCUCCUUUGGGUCCCGCUUGUCUGGUCAGAGACCCUGGACUCUGCUCUCAGCACCUGUCCCCCCCCCCUCCCCCUCCCGGCUCGUCAGUUCCCCAACUCGAGUUGAAUUGACGGAAGAACAUGAGAGAAGAUUUCCUGCCUUUCGUAACUGACUCCGACGUUAAGGUGAGACAGGUAAUUACCUAAAACCCAUGAGGGAGCUGGUUGUGAAGAACAGAGCAGCGCAUCAAUGCCUUCUACAGCCUCCUUCAUCCCUUCCAUGCUCACCCACAGCCAUUACCAAGACACCAAGCACAACCGUUUUGCAGCAAGAUGCAUUCGUUUUUAUUAAAACCAAACACAUUGUGUAUUUCAUGGGGGAGGGGGGGUGGAGGGAAUGAAACUCAAUCAGGUUUUUCGCCACCAAAUUUUUCAAGAAGUUUCUUGAGACCAUUGCCUUUAAAAAAAACAAAAAACUAUUUUCGACAUACAAAAUAUUUAUAUAAAUAUUAUUUAUUAGUGAGUUGUUAUUCAUCCUUUGGAUGCAAAUUGUAAACUAGGAAACUAUUUUAUUACUGCUUUUUUGUGGUUAAACACUUUAUUUUAAUAUUAUAAAUAUUGAGUUAUUUUCUAUCCUCUUUGGUGUGCAAGUAGCUCUAGGUCUCCAUAGUCAUGUUUUCUGAUGUAUAUGACUCGAAAAAAAAUUUAAGCAAAAAAAGCAGGUGCUUCUGUGACAAGAACUGUUUUCUGGGGAGCCAUUAUUUACACUUUGGUUUAUGGAACAUUGGUCUUAUUUAUAUUUCUGCAUUCCAUCCAGCUUCCUACAUUCCAGCAGCCCUGUUGUCCCUUGAUAUAAUGAACUGACUGAAAUCAAGAGAGCACCCCAAAGUUAUUUGUAAAUAGCUGUGAUGGAAAAAAAGACAUAUUAAACUUGAAUAUAAAAAUGUGAACAGUUCUUUUUUUGGGUUCAUACUUAUUUUGCUAUGCACAAAACAUUCACGUUUUAACACAAAGAAGUAACGAGUGUUGGCCAUGUGUCUCAUUGUGUAAUUUUGCACUGUAACCUGGGGAAAAGUCUAGCACCAAAGGUAGGUAAUAAGAAAGUGGUGUAGGAGAGUGGAGAGGAGGAAAAGAUGAUUCUGUAACCAAAAAGUUUUUUAAGGGCAGCUUCGUUGAAAAGUGAUCAAGAAAUAACUUGAGAUACAGAGGACCUAGGUCAGGUAACCAGCACUUUCUACAUUCUGAGAUGUAGAUGUGUUUAUUUUAUUGCAGCUUAGCUGGUGGCUUUCAGAGUAGCCCAUAAAACACUGUAAGACUUAUGAUGUCUGGUGUGAAACCACAGAAGUGAGUCAGUGAAUUGGUGGGGCAGAUGGAUGCGGCACCAAGGUGCGCAUAGGAGAAGGUGAAGUAAGUAGUAUGAGAGAAGAUUAUGUGAGCCUGAAGGGCCCAGGAGGGAGCAGGUUCAAACAAAACAAUGACUUGAGAAAACGCAGUGAAGGAGAGGGAUCAGUGUUGGUCUGAGGGAGUCAUGUAAGACUUCACAGACACACAGCCUAUUUUAGGCAGUUACAAGCGUGUGCACUCACCCUGCAGGUACAGAUUUCCCAGGAAUUUGUCUUUCCAAGUCUUGUGAAUGCUGACUGCAUCUUUGCCUCUGUCAAAAGCCAUUGUUGAGUUUUUAGAGCAGCAGCAGCCACAAGUUGUAAGACAGAUGUGAACACAAAGAGACCAGGACAGUAUGCGUUGAACACAGACUUACUUCAGCCAAUGCCAGGGCUGCCCUCCCGUCUGGGCAAGCGGGGAGGGGACGCUGAAAACGGUCGUUUGGAUUGGCAGCUAGCAGUUACUUCCUAUCAAAUGUACUGUGCACUUUAACCUAAUUGAAAAUAUAUUUUAAUGUUUUCCUGUACUGCACAAAUACCUGUUUUGUCAAAUAGCAUAACGAUGUAAAAAAAAAAAGAAAACACUUGGAACAAAGAGCGUAUUCAGUGUUAGCCACAGUCAAAGGUUGAUGAUAGAAAUAGGAAUUCAGAUGACUGCACCUUGAUGGGCAUUGAGAAUGCAGGGUCCUGAAAUAUUUUUUUUAACAUGUAUAUAUGGCAAUAUGAAACUCUGUAAUCCUUGUUUUGGAAGAUUUUUUUUUCAGAAUUAAAAUAUUUCUUUUGAU